GAGUGAGAGAGAGAUAGAGAAUGGUUUUUGCUUAGCAUACUAUUUGCCAGAUUCAUUCCUCUUAUAUGAGUACUUUAAUUUCUUUUUCCUGCCAAAUGAUAUCAUGGACAUAGCACAUUUUGUCCAUUCAUCUACUGAUGGACAUUUGGGUUGUUUCCAUCUUUUUUUUUUGGUACCGGGGAUCACCCAGGAUCGAAUUCAGGACCUUGCGCUUCCCAGGCAGGCACAGAACCACUGAGGUAGAAAAUGUUGUUAGCCCAAAUAAAUCGGGAUUCCCAAGGAAUGACCGAGUUCCCUGGAGGAGGGAUGGAGGCGCAGCAUGUCACCCUGUGCCUCACAGAGGCAGUGACUGUGGCAGAUGGUGACAACUUAGAAAACAUGGAAGGUGUAAGCUUACAAGCAGUGACACUUGCAGACGGCUCUACCGCUUACAUACAGCACAACUCGAAAGAUGGAAAACUUAUUGAUGGGCAGGUCAUUCAGUUGGAAGAUGGUUCUGCUGCAUAUGUUCAACACGUACCCAUACCUAAAAGUACAGGGGACAGUUUGCGUCUAGAGGAUGGUCAAGCGGUGCAGUUGGAAGAUGGGACCACAGCGUUUAUUCACCACACCUCCAAAGAUAGUUACGACCAGAGUGCACUACAGGCAGUUCAGCUGGAAGAUGGUACCACGGCCUACAUCCACCAUGCAGUGCAAGUCCCGCAGUCUGACACCAUCCUGGCAAUUCAGGCUGAUGGGACAGUGGCAGGGCUGCAUACCGGGGAUGCCACCAUUGACCCUGACACCAUCAGUGCUUUGGAACAGUAUGCAGCAAAGGUGUCCAUUGAUGGAAGUGAAAGUGUAACGGGUACUGGAAUGAUUGGAGAAAAUGAGCAAGAGAAAAAAAUGCAGAUUGUCCUACAAGGACAUGCGACGAGAGUAACUGCUAAAUCUCAACAGAGUGGAGAGAAGGCAUUCCGAUGUGAAUAUGAUGGAUGUGGAAAAUUAUAUACAACAGCUCACCAUCUAAAGGUCCAUGAGAGGUCACACACGGGAGACCGGCCUUAUCAGUGUGAGCAUGCGGGCUGUGGGAAAGCAUUCGCAACAGGUUAUGGAUUAAAAAGUCAUUUCAGAACUCAUACAGGAGAAAAGCCAUAUCGGUGUUCAGAAGAUAACUGUACUAAAUCUUUCAAAACUUCAGGAGACCUACAGAAACAUAUUAGAACUCAUACAGGAGAAAGACCUUUUAAGUGUCCCUUUGAAGGCUGUGGUCGGUCCUUUACAACAUCAAAUAUCAGAAAAGUACACGUUAGGACACACACAGGAGAAAGACCUUAUUACUGCACAGAACCAGGAUGUGGGAGGGCAUUUGCCAGUGCAACCAACUAUAAAAACCAUGUGAGGAUACACACAGGGGAAAAGCCAUAUGUCUGUACAGUUCCUGGGUGUGACAAAAGGUUUACAGAAUAUUCCAGUUUAUACAAACACCAUGUCGUUCACACUCACUCCAAACCAUACAACUGUAACCAUUGUGGGAAGACAUACAAGCAGAUCUCCACGCUGGCCAUGCACAAGCGGUCGGCCCACAAUGACACUGAGCCCAUCGAGGAGGAGCAAGAAGCCUUCUUUGAGCCUCCCCCAGGUCAAGGUGAUGAUGUUCUUAAAGGGUCCCAGAUCACAUAUGUUACAGGUGUAGAAGCAGAUGAUGUUGUGUCUACACAGGUAGCCACAGUAACCCAGUCUGGGUUGAGUCAACAGGUUACACUCAUAUCACAAGAUGGGACUCAGCAUGUGAACAUAUCUCAAGCUGACAUGCAGGCCAUUGGCAAUACCAUCACAAUGGUAACACAGGAUGGCACGCCCAUCACAGUCCCUGCUCAUGACGCAGUCAUCUCCUCAGCAGGAACACAUUCUGUUGCUAUGGUCACUGCGGAGGGUACAGAAGGGCAGCAGGUUGCAAUUGUGGCUCAGGACCUAGCAGCGUUCCACACGGCCUCCUCAGAGAUGGGGCACCAGCAGCACCACAGCCAUCACUUAGUCACCACAGAAACCAGACCUCUGACCUUAGUGGCAACCUCCAAUGGCACCCAGAUUGCAGUUCAGCUUGGAGAACAGCCAUCUCUGGAAGAAGCCAUCAGAAUAGCAUCUAGGAUCCAACAAGGAGAAACACCAGGGUUGGAUGAUUAAUCCUCAGAACAGUGGAGCAAUAAAGCAGGAGGAACCUUUGAUCUGGCAGCAGAAAUCUCUGAAGCUGGGGCCCAGGAAAACCAGAAGUUUUCCGUUCCUGAUACACUGUACACAUUUUUAUGCAAGAGCGGAGAAUGUUUUAUUCUUGACACUUUUGUGUAUAUAACCAUUGGAAUAGAUUCCCAAAGUGAUUCAUUGUGUACAAGGAAGAAUGAAAUUAGGGCAAUACAGUAAAUUUUCAUGUUACCCUUUUAUCAGAUUGCAAACUCCUAGAGACUAUUUGCAAGACCAUUGAAGUCUUUACAGAGUCUUAUGGAUUUUUAAUUAACUUACUGUGAAAAAAAAUUAAGGCUGUAUCUAAAAUGUCAAAAUUUCUACAUACCAAACAAUCAUAAUUCCCAAAGCCAUCAUGGACAGUAAAGGAUGUAAAGCCUUCAGAUAUUUCCCCCAGUUAGUAGUGUCUUCAGUUUUUGUUCAACUGUACUUGCCCAUUUUUAUUUGUAUCUCAUGGUUUGAAGACUAUUUGUUUAUAGUUUCCCUGUUACAUAGCAGCUCCUCAAGUUGAAAUGCUAACUAUGUUAGCAUUACAUUGGAUUAUGUAUAAAAUUACAAAGUUUGGUUAUUUAAAAUUAAAAUGUCAAAUCCAGGGUUUUGUUAAAGAUCUCACUUAGUGUUCAGGUUUUUUGUUACUGUUUUUUUAAAAAUAAUGAGAGCUGGGGAUUUGGCUCAGGGGUUCCGCCGCCUGCUCCGCAAGCACAAGGACCCAAGUUCAAUCCCCAGUACAAAACAAAUAAAAAUAAUGAACUAUGGAAGUUUGACCACAGGUUGGUGCCCGGGAUAACAGUGCUGUAAUGGGAAAUGGCUUUACUCUGAAAAUUAGGUUAGCGGGGUUGGUGUAAAUUUAUUUAUUUUUGCUUAUGUACUUUUGUUUUAAAGCUUAUUUACCCUAAAGUUUAUUAUUAAUUUUGAAUACAGCAACUUUUAAAAUGUUA